AGAGUCAUUCGUUCGGGUGUCUGAAACUGCAUGGGCUCGUUUCAUAUUUAAUUUAAGAGGUUUAUUUCUAACAGUAUUUGAAGUCAUUUAACUUGCCGAUAUUUAGACGAAAACGUUUGGCGCAAUCUAUACUCAGAUUUAGUGUUUGAACAAAACACGUCAAGGUAAUUCAGAGGACUGUAAGUGUUAAUGAAGCUUCUUACGCAGCUAUACAUGAGAGUUUAAAUGCUGAGGAAUAUUCCCAUCUUCCCACAGUUGAAGAAGCAGCAAACAGGAGGAAUAACAGCAGGAAAAACCACUGACAUACUAUAGUAAAAAUGGAGAUUGAGGAAGAACCCUGCAGAAUAAAAGAUGAAGAGACAGAGGAACGAAUAGAAGUGAAAGAGGGACAAUCGCAAAGACCUAAUUUAAAAAAUGAAGACGGAAAUGCUGCAAUUUCACAACGUGAGCAGAGUUUCAUUCAUGAUGGAGAGAAACCACAUAUGUGUGCAGACUGCGGGAAGAGCUUCAGUACAUCAAGCAACCUAAAAAAACACCAGAGGAUUCACACUGGAGAGAAACCGCAUCAGUGUUCACACUGUGAGAAGAGCUUUACUCAAUCAGAGAGCCUGAAAAUUCAUCAGAUAGUUCACACUGGAGAAAAACCCUAUCAGUGCUCUUCAUGUGGGAAGAGUUUCGGCAGAUCAUUUAACCUACGUGAUCAUAAGAAAACAUGUCAGCAUUUCAAAAAUGAAGACAUUGAUAUAUCACAGAAUUUCACACAGGAACAAGCUGGAAUGAGUAAAUCUUUCACCUGCUCUGAAUGUGGAAAGAGUUUCGUGCAUAAAGGAAACUUUAACGUUCACAUGAGAGUUCACACUGGAGAAAAACCAUUCACAUGCGCUCAAUGCGGAAACAGCUUCAUUCGUAAAGAGCACUUACAUGUGCACAUGAGGAUUCACACCGGAGAGAAACCGUUCACGUGCACGCAGUGUGGAAAGAGUUUCAUAUCUGAAUCAAAACUCAAAAGACACAUGAGGGUUCACACUGGAGAAAAGCCUUAUACAUGCACUGAGUGUGGGAAGAGCUUCAGGUCUAAAAGUUUCCUGAAAGAUCAUCAUCGCUCUCACGCUGGAGUGCGCUCUUUCGGCUGUGAUCAGUGCGAUAAAACAUUUAUUACAGCGUCAACUUUAAGAUCACACCUUAAAAUUCACUCUGCUACCAAGUCUCAUGUUUGUAAUUUCUGCGGAAAGAGUUUUUCACGGUCUGAACAUUUACAAGUUCACCGGAACAUUCACACUGGAGUGAAACCGCAUGUGUGUUCAGACUGCGGGAAGAGCUUUAAAACAUCCAGCAACUUAAAAACACACCAGAGGAUUCACACUGGAGAGAAACCGUACACGUGUUCGGACUGUGGGAGGAGUUUCUCAUGUUCAUCAACACUGAAAGAUCAUGAGAGGAUGCACACUGCAGAAAAGCCGCAUCAGUGCUCAUCAUGCGGGAAGAGUUUCACUCGCUCAUAUAAUCUACAGAUACACAUGAAUAAACAGUGGUGUCUAAAUCAGGGGUUCCCAAACUUUUCAGCCCAAAAUAACAAUGCCAUUUCAUCAUGACCCCCCCACCCCUCCUUCUUUAUCCUCAGAAGGGGUUAUGAAUAUACAAGUGUUGCAUGCAAUGGUACGCCUCCAUUUCCAGGAUAUUAUAACUGAUAUAAUAUGUCCAGGGCUUGACAUUAACUUUUCUGAUCACCAGCCACUGUUGCUAGUAGUUUUCCUGGUUUCAUUAUUUUAUUAUUAGAAAUUUUUGCAGACAUUCAUUUUAAAAUACACUUAUUUUUAAAGAUAAACAUAAAACUUACAUUUUAACAAUUAAGACAUUUGAAAAGAAAAAAACAAAAACAAAACAACAAACAACAGUAUUAAAAUAAUUAAACAGAAAAGUAAACAUGCAUUCCCCCCCACCAUCGUCCCACCAGUGCUAUCCAACAAUAAACGUAGGUACUGAAGGCAUAGUAAACAUAUUAAUCACAAGUUUGUAAAAAGGAAAUAAAAGAGGACCUGUUUUUUUCAAAUAACAAAACCUUGUCUAUUAGGGUAUAUCUGAUUUUUUUUCCAGAUGUAAUGUAUCAGUUAACUCUGUCAGCCAUAAUUUAAGAGUUGGAACAUCUUUUUUCUUCCAAAACAAAAGGAUACGUUUUUGGGCAGAGAUCAACCCAUAUGAAACAAACUGUUGUUGUACCCGUGUAAGGCUCAAAAAUUCUUCAGAAACUGAAAAAAAAUUAAUAUAGGAUCUGGAUCAAUCGGAAUGUCUAAUGUAACAGAAAAACUUGAAAUAUUUAGUUCCUGAAACUCUGUAAUUUGGGAUGUAUAACAUAGGAAUGAGACAGGUUGGAAUCUAAAAACUGACAUUUGUCACACACUGGAACUAUUUUAUUCAAUUUACACCAGGAAUAAUGAAGCCUAUGAAGUACUUUAAACUGAAUGAGACAAUGUCUUGUGUUAAUGCAACAUCUGUGAACCAGUUCAAGAUUUUGUUCCAACUUGGAACUAGUAGAUUUCCAACAUUACUAGCCACUCGCCAUUUCACUUGCCAAAAUUUUGUUGUUGGGAAAAUAUAUUUUACAUGCAUAAAUAUGACUUUGACAUGCUAAAAAUGACUUGAUUUAGAUGUUGUGUUAUGUCCACAUGCCGCCUCAUUCAUUUCACUUUUUGUGUGUCAUGUAUGAGCGUGCUCAAUGAGCAUGAGCAAAUGGCUCAUGGUUUCAUAGUGUCGUAUUACAAUUCGUUUUUAUUUCACAGGACUUUUCAGAGCUCAGAAUAAAGAAUUUACCAAAUUUAUCUCUGACCAUAAAUAAUUAUUAACUGAUAACUGAUAAUAAUUAACUGAACAUAAAUUAUUAUUUCUUAGCCGCAAAUAUUAAAUGUGUCAAAACAAGCACAAUAUAGCUGUAUACUAUACUUUUGAUUUAACAAAACAUUUCUUAAAGACAACAACAAAAACAAACACUAUUGACAUUUGAAAGAGAACUGAUCACAUCAGUUGCGUUUCUAGGCAUGCUUGCUUCACGCAAGGAAACAGCCUAGCGCAUCACAUUAGCUGUUAGCACGAGUGAUCAUCCUCUCAUUCGGUAUUCACCUGCUUUCUUUUGCUUGUGCGUUAGAGGUGUGAAUCUACACUGGUCUCACGGUUCGGUUACGAUUAUCAUGCCAUCGAUUCGGUUCAAUUCGAUAUCUCGGUGCAUUGACGAUGCUUUCCAUACACAGUUUUAUAUUUUCUUCACAGCACAGCAAUUCUUGUAUUAAAAUGUAUAAAUAUAUUUAUAUACUCUUUGUUAUACAAUUUUGUCCUUUAAUAUAAACAGAUAUAUAAACUGCACCUUACAAACUCAGGUACAUGCACAGAACAACGAGCAUUUAUAGCAAAUUAACAAAUAUAAGUCGCUCGCUUUCUGAGCCUUGUGAGGUCAUUCUUACAGCCCUAUGAUUGGUCACGCGAUCAACAGAAAGGGCUGUGAUUGGCUCUUGCGCGCUGCGCUCUUCACCAAUGAGUGACACUGAUAAAUGGCCGCGGCGAUCACAGCUGAUCUAUGAAAGACAUGGUGGAGAAAACUCUGCAGACACGCGCUCGUGUCUGUAUCCAGAAGUAUCGAUGUAAAUGCCGAGAGGAGAGGAAAAGUCACGCCAGCAGGUCAAAUGAGCCACAGUGAGAGAGAAAUGGAGUUUACUUUCAUUCUCUCAAUCGCAGUGAAAUAGGGGCUUCUGCUGUAAGUGUCAGUGAAAGACUGUCCAGCAAACACACACAGUGAAAUUGUGCGUUUCUGCGUUUUUAAGUAGUUAGAGCGUUGUAAACACUCGCCAUAGUAAGCUACGGAGACAUAGCGCAUAUGAUAUAAAUGACGUCAGUACAUAAAAACCGGUUGUGAUUAUUACUGAACCGAUACCGUAUUGUGCACGUCUGCAUCGUGGUGGGCCAAAGAAACUAUUUAUUUUGACACCCCUAUUGUGCGUACAGAGUUAUCGUUGUCAGUCGUGCUGCUUCUCGAUUCUAAGAUCGCAUUUGCACGCAUAUUAGGCCAUCCGUAUUGCCUGCUUUUAAGAAAACUACAAUUUAAAAACUAUUUUCAACCAGCCAAAGUGGCUAGUGGGAGUGUCUGUCUAACCCGCCACCACUGAAAUCUACCCGCAUUUGGAGAGUGUUAAGGUCAAGCCCUGAAUAUGUCUGUAUAGUAUAUGAGAGACUUGCUUUGUUUGCCAAACAAGUGGAUCUAAUGGGAUUUGCAUUGAAAUCCUUAAAUAAAUAUUGAAAAGUU